GUCAGAGCGCUGUGGGUCUCCCAAGCUUUACCGGUGGAGCUGCAAUGAUGAGAGUCCUGCUCAUUCUGUGCUUGACCUUUGCCUCUGUUUUGACAGCACCCACUCCGACAGAUUCUGGCCCUGUGAUUGCUCUGAAGCAUGGAAGUAUUCGUGGCAAGUAUAUAACAGUGAAAGGCUCAGAUAAAGUAGUGGAACAGUAUCUGUCCAUUCCUUUUGCUCAGCCACCCGUAGGUCCUCUCCGUCUGGCGGCACCCCAACCUGUUGAACCCUGGGAGGGGGUGAGAGAUGGCACACAGCACUCUAAUGUCUGUCUUCAGGACCCGGAAAUCAGUAAAGCUGUGUCAAAAAUUAUGGCCUAUAAUUACACUUCCACUUCUGUCUCAGAGGACUGUCUUUACCUAAAUGUGUACACUCCCUCGCAACGCUCAACAUCAGAAAAAUUACCUGUCAUUUUCUGGAUCCAUGGAGGGGGUCUGAAUAUGGGUGGAGCCAUCGAGUAUGAUGGCUCAGUACUGGCGGCCUAUCAAAACAUUGUUGUUGUCAUCAUUCAAUAUAGGCUAGGCAUACUCGGCUACUUUAGCACUGGAGAUAAAUAUGCCCAAGGCAAUUGGGGCUUUCUGGACCAGAUUGCAGCACUGAAAUGGGUGCAGCAGAACAUUGAGAGUUUUGGUGGCGAUCCUCAGUCAGUCACUAUUGGUGGUGUAUCUGCAGGGGCAAUCAGUAGCUCUUUGCUGACCCUUUCCCCACUUGCCAAAGGAUUGUUUCACCGAGUCAUAUUACAGAGUGGCACAGCAACCCUGGGAACCUACUCAACAAAAAACCCCUUGGCUUUUUCCAAGAUGGUAGCCAAUGCCACAGAGUGCGAUAGCAGCUCCUCAGAGCUGCUGGUUAAGUGUUUAAAAGAAAAGACGGAAGAUGACAUCAUUAAGGCAAUCAAAAAGCAAAAUAUCUUCCUUGGAGCCACAGUGGAUGGGGAAUUUCUGACAGAUGAAGCAGAUGAAAUUCUGAAGAGCAAGAAUUUUGAGAAAGUUCCAGUACUUUUAGGUGUGACAAACCAUGAAUUUGGAUGGAUCCUCCCUCUGAAUUUUGCUCCUGCAGGGUGGGUUAACGGAAUGAACAGAGAGGCAGUGACUCUGGUGGUAAACCAGUUUUACCCACAUGGGCCCCCUGGAACCAAUGAUUUAAUAAUUGAUGAAUACCUUAAGGAUGCUCAGUCUCCAGAAGACAUAAGAGAUGCAUUUUCCCAAGUAACAGGAGAUCUUUUCAUGGUCUUCCCUGUGCUAAAAGUGGCUGGUUAUCAUAGAGAUGCUGGAGCAAACGUGUACAUGUAUGAAUUUCAGCAUCGGCCCAGUAUUUUUAAAGAUAGCAGACCCAGCUUCGUGAAGGCUGAUCAUGGAGAUGAUGUUGGCUAUGUUUUUGGAGCUUGCUUUUGGAAUAACCAUAUCAGAAUAAUAGGCACAAUAACUGAGGAAGAAAAUCAACUGUGUAAAACCAUGAUGGGAUAUUGGGGCAACUUUGUUCGCACAGGCUCACCAAACGGACCUGGUCUGGUAAACUGGCCCCUCUAUGACACUUCUAAUAAGUAUUUGCAGCUGGGAUUGAAACAAACAGAGGGACAAGGACUUAAACAAGACAAGCUGCACUUCUUGACUGUGGAACUGCCUCAGAAGCUUGCUUCACUGCACAAACCCUAAGAAGUAGUUCUCUUUCCCUCAUGUAAUGCUUUCUGUCUUGAAAAGCACAUUUUAAGUAAAAUGUAUUAUUACUGUUAUAACUACCAGCAAAUCCUUGUUUUCUAAUAGUUGUAUUAGUAUCAUAUUAUAUAUUUCCGGAAGCCUGCAUACAGUAUGUGUUUUAGUUUUUUAGUUUUAAUUAUGGAACUUGUAUGAGGGUGAGUCAAAAUUAUCCACACAACUUCUCUUGGCUGCGCCGUCUUAUUUUUUCAUUCAAGGCUACUUUCUUCCCAGUCUCUACAGUGCAGGUGUGAACAGGUUACAUCAGUUCAUUUGCAAGCAAAAAUGGAUGCCCCACUUUAUUUUUCACGAAAGAAGCGCAGCAUACA